AUGAGCGGCAAAGCAGGCGCAUAUGGCACGUCGGGCGGCGGCGACACUGACUUCAGGAAAACAUGGGAUCGCGACGAGAUGGCGAAAAAGGCCAAGGACAGGGAGGCAAAGGAGCGCGACGAGGGCAAAGAGCGAUAUGAGGCAAAGCUGGCUGGCAAGACGUACAGGCGAAGGGCUUCGACACCCGACGAUCUGAAGCAGACGGAGGCAAGGUCAGAGCGCAUAGACUGGAGCAAGAUGAUUGGAAAGCAAACCCUCACAUCAGCAGCAGCAGCUGUAGGCAAGAGGGGCCGCGGUGCAGGUGCAUACUGUCAAGCCUGCGACCUCACAUUCAAGGACAACAUCCAGUACGUCGAGCAUUUGAACAGCAAACAGCAUUUGGUCGCGACCGGUCAAUCAGGCGAAGUUCAUCGCGCCACACUCCAGGAAGUGCGAGAGCGCCUGCGCUAUCUCAAGCGCAAGCGAGAUGAAGACAAGUUCCUCGAGGUCACAGAUCUCGACGCAAGACUGGCAAUGACCAAGGAGCAAUUAGAGAAGGACGCAGAGGAGAAGAGGCGGCUGCGUAACGAAAAGCGCAGGGCGAAGAAGAAGACGGAUGCCAACGCCAUGGAGUGGAAGGUUGAGGGGGAUGGCAUAAUCCGCUGAGCCCAUUGCGAUGAUCGCAUACGGACGAAUAGUUCAGUUACGAGUCGGCUGGGCGAAGCUUUUGCGCUUCCCCUAGCCUGGCGAUAUCCCUUAGACACCACCAGAAGCAGUAUACUUCUGACACGAUCCUUACCGGAUGCGCUCACUACAUCUCCGACGUCCCACGAAGAACUUGUCGAGAUUGAGCAGCAUAAGCAGAAAACAGGGUGUCCUUGAUGAUAUCUUUGUCACUAUUGGCUACCAAGACAUGCACAUAUAAGCGCAAAGGGCAGGCACACAGGGUUGCCUUAAAUCCUGACAAAUGGGCCCUCGUUCUGGUGAUGAGAAGAUGGGGUGCCGUGGCGGGAUGUUUAACGCCGGAGGAUUGACAAUGGACGUACCCCACACAUCGAUAUCCUGAUGCAUCAAUUACACACCUGCAUCCGAGGGGCUGAUUUAUAAGCUAGCCGACCGACUUCGCGAGCCCCGAGAACCCAUUACUAUAAAUAAACAACUUUAGGUGCUCCCCG